UCAACAGACAUGCAGGCCUCAACAGGAACCUCUGGUGUCGAUCCUCCAGCAGGUAACGCCUCAGUCUUCCUGGACUCUGAGUUUCGUUACGUCCUCUUCCCGGUCGUCUAUGGCAUCGUCUUCAUCCUGGGUCUCUUCGCUAACAUCUAUGUGCUCUUCGUCCUGCGCUGCCUACGAGGCGCCAAGGCCAUGGGUGAAAUCCGGAUCUACAUGGCAAAUCUGACGAUAGCUGAUCUCCUUUUUGUGUGCGCCCUCCCCCCCUGGAUUGGAUAUUACAGCCGCCGAGGCGACUGGAUCUACCCGGACUUCAUGUGUCGGCUGACCGGCUCGUUGUUCUUCAUCAACACCUACUGCGCCAUGCUCUUUCUCUGCGCCAUCAGCGUGAACAGAUACUGGGCGGUGACCCAGCCUCUGGACGCGGCCUCUUCAGACCACAGGCGGCGAGGGUUCAUUGUGUGUGCUUGCAUUUGGCUGGUGACCAUAUCCAUGACUAUUCCAUAUCUGGUCUCUUCGGGGACCAACCCUGACCAGGGAUUCACUCGCUGUUUUGAGGGUUACCAGAAUCAAACCGACUCUAAAAAGAAAACAGUGGCCGCCAUUCAUUUUACAAUAAUUGGCCUGUUUUUCAUCGGCUUCUUUCUCGUUGUGGUGUGUAAUCUCCUCAUUGCUCGAGUGCUACUUUCUUCACAGUCAGAAAUCAGGUCAGCAACCAUGGUUUCUCUAAGGUCCAGUGCAUCCUCUUCAUUUAGAAAGCCCAGGGGAGUGAAACGGAAGGCUCUGCAGAUGUUGCUGGCAGUGGUUGGAGUGUUUGUCGUGUGUUUCCUGCCCCACCAUGUAGUCCAAGGACCCUGGACCCUGGCAGUGCUGCAGAUCCAACGGGGCUGGGGUCAUGUAGAGUGGGACCAAAAGACCCGACAAGCCCUGAACGACACGCAUCAAAUUACGUUGUUUCUCAUGAGCCUCAACUCCAUUUUGGAUCCCGUAGUUUACUGUUUUGCCACGAGGAAGUUUCGCAGGUUCAUCAUGGCACACAUGAGGAAGAUAGGAAAAGGAGACGGGUGUUCACACACGGACACCUCGCAGCUCUCUAUGGACAGCAGACAUCAGAGCCAGAGACAUCCAAGCGAGCUACAAGAGCCUGAAACGAACUGAUUUAAACAUUUUAUAAACCGUAUUUAUAUCUGUUGCUUAUGUGCCAAAUACUGUACAUCUUAUUUAUUUUUGAGAUGACAUUACUUAAACUGGUUUGCUUUAAGUUGCUCCACACCCUCAGUCUCUCUCUCUCUCUUUUUUUUCAACCAUAGUGUAAUACUCUGACACACGCACAUUGUUUUGACAUAUGGUGUGCGUUUACUGCAGAAUUGCACCACUCCUUUUGCUCUUCCUAUGUUAAAUUUCAGCUUAAAAAAGCAGAAGAGCAUUUUAAGAAUGUAACAAGAGUUGUACAUUAGGGAACUCUUUCAGUCUGUGUAAUAAACUCCUAAGACGUAGUGUUUAAAAUCCUCCCACAGGUGAAAGAAGGCCACUGAAAGCAGAUCAACGAAGAUCACAUUUACACAUUCUGACAUUUGAUCAGUAAAAUAUGUGAUAGUGAGACAGCCUCCCAUUAGAAAAGUCACAUGUUCUUCUUUUUUACUUUUGCAUAGACAAGUGAUAUCCAAAAUUGUGAAACCCUGGAACAGAUGUAAUAAAGUUUGAGCUACGUUUCCCCUCUGGCAUCCAAUGUUAUGGCAGAAAAUCCAAUGAUUCACCGCAACAAACAAAACCAAACCCUUUUAUUGAUCUGAUUUCUGCAGUUUAUACACUGCACUGUUUUUUUCUUUCCCAUACAGAAAAACGUAUGUUACAUUUAAUUCAGGGAAACAGUUUUUGUAUUUUUUUUUCCUGUGUUUUUCCAAUCGAUGUGUGAAAGGUUGUUUUGAUGUGACAAAAAUGAACUGGUUUUAUGCUUGUAUAUCUAGAAUUAACAAUUUUUUGCAUUUUAUUGCUAAAUUGUGAUGACUUGAGUGGCUCAGUAGCUCAGUCUGUCGGGACUUGGGUUGCAAACCGGAGGGUCACCUAGUCUGGAAAUUGGUCUGAUAGCUGGAGAGUUGCCAGUUCAUUUCCUAAGCUCUGCCGAGGCGCCCUUAAGCAAGGCACCGAACCCCCAACUGCUCAGGAGUUCUUUCAUGUGCACCCCCCUUCACUCUGACAUCUCUCUAUGAGCUCAUGUGGAUAGGAUCCUGUUUGUGCAUGCAUGUGUAUUUCAGCCUGAGUGUCCAUGUAGCAUGUCUCAAUAAAAGAG